GGGUCGCCCCUAGCUGACAACUUGAAAUGCAUCAACUUCAUCUGGGUGGUGAGAAACCAAAGCAAUGUAAAGUGGAUUGAAGAUGAAUUGAUCAAGUGUCAACAGGUACUAGGCAACAAACUACAAGCGGACAUUAGAGUUUGUGAUUAUCUACUUGAAAUGAAAAAGAUGGAUAACAAGCUUGAUGACAAGCUUGAUGCUGAAAAGAGCGUUGAAUCGGUAAAUUCUCCAGUAUACCGACUUCCAAUAACUUAUGGCAAACCAGAUGUAUGUGCCAUCUUGAAUGCAUUAACAACCAGUUUAUCAAGAAGAAACAUAUUUGUUUGCUCAGGAAGCAAUUCAAUGCAGAGGCAAGUUUCACAAACUGUAUCUGAACUUCAGUUAUUGGUAUUCAACAAUGAUUUAAGAAAUACAAACGUAGAGGAAAUUUACUUGCAUACGGAAUGUUUUGGCUGGUAA